AUGGCUCUGCGACCCUUGGCCGCUUUCGCGCGCGACUGGCUCAAGCGCGCGCCUGCAUUGGCCCUGCUGGCGGCCGCGCUGCUCGCUCUCGCCCUCCGCUUCGCCCUCUCCAACUCCUCGGGCUGCGAUCCGUGCGGCGGGGACAGCGAGGGAGAGGAAGACGUGCCGUCGGAACCGCUCGCGCACUUCACCGACGCGCGCACGGGCGCGCCAGGCGCCGCGUCAGACGCAGCAGCGCUCGUGGCGUCGUGGUUGGGCCCUGGCAGCGAGGGAGACGGCGCGCCUGCGCGCACGCGGUUCCACAUCAGCAACUACGGCUUCCCGGGUCCCGUGCCGUGGCGGUUCGUGCGACAGCGAGUGCGCGAGCAGUUCACGCUGGGGGGACGCGUCGCGGUGGUGUGCUGGUGGCACAGCAAGAGCAAGCCUGGCUCUGUGGCCAAGUCAUUCGUGUGGACCAACGACGACAUCGAUGCGCGUGCAGCGCAGGCGCGGGCCAGGGACCCGGCGCUGGGGUCGUACGGGCCCAACGUCACGGCGGCGUUCCUGGCGGCGUUUGAGCGCUACCCCGUGAGCGGCAAGUCCGUGCUGGUGAUCGGCAGCCGCAGCCCGUGGGUGGAAUCCAUCUGCCUGGGAUUCGAUGCACAGGCCAUCACAACGGUGGACUUCAACAAGCCCAUCGCGUCGCACCCCAAGAUGCGGCAGAUGCUGGUGGAUGAGCUGGAGGGUACGGACGAGGUGUUUGACGUGGCGGUGUCGUUCUCGUCGCUGGAGCACGACGGGCUGGGCCGCUAUGGCGACCCCAUCAACCCCUUCGGCGACCUGCAGCGCAUGCACAAGAUUAAGGGCUUAAUCAAGCCAGGGGGGUUGCUGUUUCUUGGAGUGCCAGUGGGCAACGACACUCUGGUGUACAACUCGCACCGUAUCUAUGGGCCCAUUCGCAUGCCUCUUCUCUUGGCUGGUUGGAAGCUGCUGGAUGUGUUUGGAGCUAGCAGCUUGGAGCAACUGUACCACGAGCACCGUGGAUCAAGUUUUACUCAACCACUUAUGGUGCUCACAGCUGACAAUUAA